CGGGCGACUGACGCGAAUUUGGGAGCGUGGAAAACACUAAAUGAAAUAAUAAACUUGUCACUUGGAGAACAAAGGAUAGCGACCCAGUUCUAGUUGGAUUUCGAUUAACGCAACAUAAUAAUUGACAGUCGAGCUAAUGGGCAGGAAAUAAGAAUAUAUAGUGAUCUCUGAUCAUGUUAUAUCGUAUUAGACACUUUCCUGGCUUCAGAAGAGCUCAGCAGCGUAAAUGCGCGUGAGACCGUGUUGGAUUUGACGCAGAAAUCUUAUUAAGCCCAGUCGACGCAAGCGAGCGGAGAAUUUCUGAGAAGUGUUAUGGCCACAGAAAAAAUUGAUUUUCAAAAAGAGCCCCCAAACAAGCGAUUAUGCGGAGGCUGUCGUUGCCCUAUAAAGGACCGGUUCCUUCUCAAGGCUCUUAAUCACUACUGGCACGAAGACUGCUUGAAAUGUGCUUGUUGCGAGUGUCGGCUUGGCGAAGUGGGAUGCACAUUAUACUUUAAAGCAAAUUUAAUCCUCUGUAGAAGGGAUUAUUUGAGGUUGUUCGGGACAAAAGGUUUUUGUACGGUGUGCUGUAAAACUAUCCCUGCCUUCGAGAUGGUCAUGCGUGCGGGAGAAAAUGUGUAUCACCUGGAGUGUUUUUCUUGUCAAAGAUGCCAUCAGAGGUUUUGUGUUGGGGACAAAUUUUACUUAAUUAACAACAGAAUUCUGUGCGUUGAUGACUACGAAGAGAUGAUGGCCUAUGGGAAACAAGAUACCAAAAGAUUUAUUGUUUAGUCCUAGUAAAAAGUGAUCUUAUUCAUCGUUCUUGUGGAGAACGCCUUCGUGAUAGUCCCACGCUACACCUCAUUUUUCGAAUUUUAUGCUCACCCUUCUUCCUUUUACCAACUUUGGGGGAUAAAUUGUUUUUUAUUACCCCUUGUUUGGUUGCUAAAAAUAUUACAUAGUCAGUCCUGGUAUUUUUUUUUUCUUUUCAUGCAGAUUUUAAUGGCUUCUGUCGUUGAACUGCUUUUCCGUGUUUUUCUUUUUUUUUAUAAUGAUAAUGGAGCCUCAUUUUCCUGAUGGUUUUGUUUUGUUAACAAUGGCUUCUUAGAAGUUUGUUGGUCUGUUAUGAGGUACAAAUAAUCAAUCGCUCGCUCUGCUUUUAAUCAACGGUCAGUCUGGGCACAUCAACAGAAUAAAAUUCGUGCUUGUUAGUUAUUUUAAUUAACCCCCUGGAUAUUGACUUUUAAUAACAAAUUUGACAAGCAGAUAGGAAAGCUAAUUUCCUUCAUUCCUGAAGUCUUGUCGGAAGCUAGGAAAAGAUAAUCUUUAGCAGAUAGAGUAUAUUAAAGGGGAAGCUUCUAGUCUUUGAAUUUUGGUCAAUUACGACCAAGAACUCCAUAUUUGCAAUGCAAAAUCUAGAAACAACUCGUAACAAGGAUACAUCUCGCAGAUGUUUGAAACCAUAAACGGAAAAGUCAGAUUUGCCAGUGAAAUACGACAAUGAUACUAACAAGACACUAGAACAAGACUGUAGGGAAUUAAUUAAAACAUUCCAAAUAUUUUAUGAAUAAGAGCUUAACUCGUA